AUGCCGGUCGGCGCGGAGGGGGGCUUCCUACUUCUCAAUCCGGAGCAAGCCGAUGCCCAGCUGGGCAGAGUGUCCUUCUCGGAGCAUAAGACAGGGGAGGGGAUGGAAAUACGACGUAGAUGGACAAGGACAAGGCAUCUUGUUGCUAUCACGAACUUUGCCGUCGACUCUUCGACAAUCCUAGGGCGCGCAACACAAGUGGGGAACGAACCCCAAGACGAACGACGGGAGUGGCGUCGAUAUGAGAGGCACAACGGUCGCUCAAAUACGCUCGGACCAGGGUCUGAGCUUGCUGCAGGUCCGAGGGGCUUUGCUGCUGGGGCGAUCUCACCACAGCAGUGGCCUCCCGUGUUGGCUGCGACUUUCAACCUAUGA